AUGAAGGCCCUGGAUGAGCCUCCCUAUUUGACAGUGGGCACUGAUGUGAGUGCCAAGUACAGAGGAGCCUUCUGUGAAGCCAAGAUCAAGACAGCAAAGAGACUUGUCAAAGUCAAGGUGACAUUUCGGCAUGAUUCGUCGACAGUGGAAGUUCAGGAUGACCACAUAAAGGGCCCGCUAAAGGUUGGAGCUCCAGUGGAAGUGAAGAAUCUUGAUGGGACAUAUCAGGAAGCUGUCAUCAAUAAACUAACAGACGCGAGUUGGUAUACUGUAGUUUUCGAUGAUGGAGAUGAGAAGACGCUGCGACGGUCCUCCCUGUGCCUGAAAGGAGAGAGGCAUUUUGCUGAAAGUGAAACUCUAGACCAGCUCCCGCUCACCAACCCUGAACAUUUUGGCACUCCAGUCAUAGGAAAGAAAACAAAUAGAGGAAGAAGAUCUAAUCAUAUACCAGAGGAAGAGUCCUCUUCAUCCUCCAGUGAUGAAGAUGAGGAUGACAGGAAGCAGAUCGAUGAGCUCCUAGGAAAAGUUGUUUGUGUCGAUUACGUUAGUUUGGACAAAAAGAAAGCAGUGUGUUUUCCUGCUUUGGUGGUUUGUCCUGAUUGUAGUGAUGAAAUCGCUGUGAAGAAAGAUAAUAUUCUUGUUCGAUCUUUCAAGGAUGGAAAAUUUACUUCAGUACCCAGAAAGGAUGUCCAUGAAAUUACGAGUGACUCUGCACCAAAGCCUGAUGCUGCAUUAAAACAAGCCUUUGACCAGGCGCUGGAGUUUCACAGAAGCAGAGCCAUCCCUGCCACCUGGAAGACGGAAUUGAAAGAGGACAGCUCCAGCAGCGAGGCGGAGGAGGAGGAAGAGGAGGAGGAGGAUGAGAAAGAAAAGGAGGAUAACGGCAGUGAGGAGGAGGAAGAAAUAGAACCAUUUCCAGAAGAAAGAGAAAACUUUCUCCAGCAGUUGUACAAAUUCAUGGAGGAUAGAGGCACACCUAUUAACAAACGACCUGUGCUUGGAUAUAGAAAUUUGAAUCUCUUUAAGUUAUUCAGACUUGUACACAAACUUGGAGGAUUUGAUAAUAUUGAAAGUGGAGCUGUUUGGAAGCAAGUCUACCAAGACCUUGGAAUCCCUGUCUUAAACUCAGCUGCAGGGUACAAUGUUAAAUGUGCUUAUAAAAAAUACUUAUAUGGCUUUGAGGAGUACUGUAGGUCGGCCAAUAUUGAAUUUCAGAUGGCACUGCCAGAGAAAGUUGCUAACAAGCCAUGUAAGGAGUGUGAAAAUGUAAAAGAAAUAAAAGUUAAGGAAGAAGGUGAACCAGAAGUGAAAGAAAUAAAGAUUGAAGAGGAAGAAAAGAUGAUAAUAAAAGAAGAAAAGCCUACUGAGGAUGAUGGUGAAAGAAAGGAAAAUAUUAAACCCUUUCUGGGAAGUAAAAAGAAUUUAUUAGAAUCUAUAUCUACACAAAGUGACCAAGAAAAAGAAGUUACCAUAAAAAAGGCAGAAGAAAAUGAAAAUCUGGUGGACAAAAAUGAUGAUACAACUGGGAUAGAUGAAUCCUUCAGCAUAAAGGUAGAAGCUGAAGAAGAAAAAGCAAAAUCUGGAGAUGAAACGAAUAAAGAGGAAGAGGAAGACGACGAAGACGCUGAAGAGGAGGAGGAGGACGAGGAGGAAGAGGAGGAAGAGGAGGACGACCACCACGAGGAAGAGGAGUUUGAAUGCUAUCCACCAGGCAUGAAAGUCCAAGUGCGGUAUGGACGAGGGAAAAAUCAAAAAAUGUAUGAAGCUAGUAUUAAAGAUUCUGAUGUCGAAGGUGGAGAGGUCCUUUACUUGGUCCAUUACUGCGGAUGGAAUGUGAGAUAUGACGAAUGGAUUAAAGCAGAUAAAAUAGUAAGACCUGCUGAUAAAAAUGUGCCAAAGAUAAAACAUCGGAAAAAAAUAAAGAAUAAAUUAGACAAAGAAAAAGACAAAGAUGAAAAAUACUCUCCUAAAAACUGUAAACUUCGGCGCUUGUCAAAACCACCAUUUCAGACAAAUUCAUCUCCUGAAAUAGUAUCUAAACUGGAUCUUACUGAUGCCAAAAACUCUGAUACAGCUCAUAUUAAAUCUAUAGAAAUCACUUCUAUACUCAAUGGACUUCAAGCUUCUGAAAGUUCUGAAGACAGUGAGCAGGACGACGAGACAGGCGCUCAGGACAUGGACAGUGCCGGCAAAGAGGACUCGAAGGCGGAGUGUUUGGCCCACGCCAGAAAUGACCUCCUUUCAAAGGAGGAACAGAACAGCUCGUUUUUGCCAGAAGAAAGCAAGGUCCACGCAGAGUUGGGAACAUCUAAACCAGCGUCCAAGUCUCCGGAAAGGUUAAGAAAAGACAUAGAGGGGUUGUCCGAAGACACUGAUGACGAAGAAGAUGAAGUCACAAAAAAGAGAAAGGAUGGCAAGAAAGACACCCCCGAGAAAGCCUCAAAGCCGCAGGUGAAACGGGGGAAACGGAGGCGCUGCAGCGCCGAGGAGAGCGCGGACACCGGGUCGCCCAGCAGAAAGGACGAGAAGGCCAAGAGCAAAGACGCGCUCUGCGCAGACCGCAGCAGCAGCAGCUCCUCCGACGAAGACGACGAAGGGAAAUCGAAAGCGAAGCCCACGCCCACGAAGAAGUACAACGGCUUGGAGGAGAAGCGGAAGGCCCUGCGCACCGCCGGCUUCUACCCGGGCUUUGCCGAGGGCGCGGAGAAAAGGAUCAAACUCCUCAGCAGCGCGGACGAGCGGCUCCAGAACAGCCGCGCGAAGGAUCGCAAAGACGUGUGGUCCAGCAUCCAAGGCCAGUGGCCCAAAAAGACGCUGAAGGAGCUCUUCUCCGACUCCGACACCGAGGCCGCCGCGUCCCCCCCGCACCCGGCCCCGGAGGAGGGCCCGGCCGAGGGGGCCCUGCAGCCCGUGGCCGAGGAGGAGAGCUGCUCCCCCGGCGGCGCCGAGCUGGCCGGCCCGCUGCCCGCCGGCCCCGACCCCCCGCCCGCCGGGGACAGGCCCCCGGAAGCCGGCGACAAGAAGGCGGACUUCCCGAGCAGCGGCAGCAACUCGGUGCUCAACACGCCGCCCACCACCCCGGAGUCCCCGGCCUCGGCCACGGCCACGGCCACGGAGGCCGGCCAGCAGCCGCCUCCUGUGCCCGCAGCGGACACGCUGGCCCCGAGCCAGGAGGAGGUGCGGAGCAUCAAGAGCGAGACGGACAGCACCAUCGAGGUGGACAGCGUGGCCGGCGAGCUGCAGGACCUGCAGUCCGAGGGCAACAGCUCGCCCGCCGCCUGCGAUGCCAGCGUGAGCUCCCGCAGCAGCGCCCAGCCCGAGCCCGAGCCUCCCGAGAAAGCCUGUACAGGUCAGAAAAGAGUGAAAGAAGCUCAGGGAGCAGGAAGUGCAUCAAAAAAGCAGAAACGAAGCCAUAAAGCCACGGUGGUAAACAACAAAAAGAAGGGAAAAGGCACCAACAGCAGCGACAGCGAAGAGCUGUCUGCCGGGGAGGGUGUCGCCAAGCCGCAGCCGGGCAGACCCCUCCCCUCGGGGGGAAAGGCCCACAGCGCCAAGUCGCCUGCGCGGACCCAGUCGCCAGGGAAGUGUGGGAAGAAUGGGGACAAGGACCCCGACCUCAAGGAGCCCAGCAGCCGGCUCCCCAGAGUUUACAAGUGGACCUUCCAGAUGUCGGACCUUGAAAAUAUGACAACUGCUGAACGCAUCACAAUUCUUCAAGAAAAAUUGCAAGAAAUUAGAAAACAUUAUCUGUCAUUAAAAUCUGAAGUAGCUUCCAUCGAUCGUAGGAGAAAGCGUUUGAAGAAGAAAGAAAGAGAAAGUGCUGCUACAUCCUCCUCCUCCUCUUCACCCUCAUCCAGUUCCAUCACAGCUGCUGUCAUGUUAACGUUAGCUGAACCACCCGUGUCCAGCGCAUCGCAGAACGGAGUGUCAGUUGAGUGCAGGUGA